ACAGACAUUAUCCUAUUAACCAUUAGCAACUAGGUCCUCCUCCCACAUCCAUUUAGUCACUGAGUAAACAGCACGGAGCACAGUACUAGAUGCAGAAAGCCACGAGGACAAUGCGCUUUUCAGACCCUACAUGCUUCACUGGACAUUAACGGGACACUCUCAAGGUCAGAGGGACUGACACGUUUCACUUGCAUUGAUUUUUAUCUCAUACUGGUCUGUGUGAUACCUUAUAUGCAGGGGCUCUAUUUUCCCCCAACAGCUUCACUACUUGGUCGAAUUUUGCUUUUUGAAUGAACGCCAGUGGGCCGGCACCGAGGAACAACCCAGCGAUAACCAAAGCUUGCAAAGGCUGCCACGCCAGAAGCGACCCUGCAAUAACAAACCAGCGCGUGAAGUCUCACACUGAGCAACAACCCUACCAUAACAAGCUGUGUGUACAGCCGCGCCUGCCGGAGCCACCUUACACACGUGUCUGUGGCAGAACAAUGAUUGGUAAGGAAAAUGGCUGUCCUUUCCGUCUAAAAAGGGGUUGGCUCUGAGAGACAAGAACUAGCUUUAUUUGUUUAUUUUUCAUGAUGGGAACUAUCGCAACGGUGUCUGUGUGGCUUUGAGGAUGUGGUUGCUGUGAAACUCCAGAAAUUCUCCAUGUACGUCUCUUGAAUGGAAGAGCCCCACCUCCAAAAGCAGAGAGCUGAGCCCCACAGGGGAACAAGGGGCUCCUUAUUUGAUCAGCCUUAUUUUGAGUCAGGGCAAGUUGAGCUCUUAAAAUGCUGUUUUGUACACCUGAGCUUGGCUGGCCAUGCAUCUGAAUACCCUCCCAUUUGCUUAUUAUUAAUGGGCAGUGGAACUAAGUGGUGAAAUGGCUAUACUCCUUCAACCCCCUAACAUGAUUAGAUACAGGUUCAUGAAACAUUAACCCUUUGCACGGGGACAGUGGAAACCGACAGCAUCGUGGCCACGGUGAAUUUCAGAGCCUGGGUCAACUGACUGGAGCUGGUGGGGCUCAAGCUACAGGGCUAAAAAUAGCAGUGCUGAUGCUCUCGCUCGGGCUGGAGCCCGGGAUCUGAAACCUUGUGAGGGGGGAAGGGUCUCAGGGCCCACGCUCCGGCCCGAGUGAGAACAUCUACUCUGCUGUUUUUAGCCACGUAGCCCCAGCCAGUUGACCCAGGCUCUGAGACUCACUGCUAUGGGGUUUUUUGCAGUGUAGACAUACCCACGGAGAGCAACAAAAGCCAACAGACAGCAUGGGCUUUGGGUUACUAUUAGAUUGAAAGCUAUGGAGUAGAGGGUCCACAGCCUCGUUUUAUUUGCCAUAGUCCCCCCUGCAGUGAUGGUGGGGGGUGUAGUUAAUGGAACUAAUAUUCAGCAGAUUGUUUGUUGCUUGUUGAAAAAAACAAAAUGAGGAAUGAGAGCAGAGGCCGAGCUCCUGAGGAGGUGGAUGGAGCUGAGUGAGGAGAUGACCCUGGAAGGAGAGUCGAUGGGGAACAGCUCUGACUCUGGCAUUCAGCUCAUGGAGAAUAACUCACCGUCUGCCCCUGUGCACCGGGGCUGGAGAGAGCUUCACCUGGCAGCUUGGGACGGCAACACCCACGUGAUGAAGCAGCUACUGCGGCAGGGGGCAGUGAUAGAGAGCAGGGACGAGAAUGGAUGGACGCUCUUACACAGUGCCACGCUGAAGGGGUCCAUCAUGCUGGUGAAGUUUCUGGUGCAGCGUGGAGCCGUGGUCCAUGCCACAGACAGAGCACACUACACCCCGCUGCACCAUGCCUCUUGGAGCGGCCAUACCCAAGUGGCUGAGUUUCUCCUGGCUCGGGGAUCCCCAGCAUCAGCCGUGACUAAAAGGGGCCUCACCCCACUUCACUGUGCAGCAGCCAGUGGCCACACCCUCAUCGUGCAGUUGCUCCUACAGCAAGGCACAGAUCCUGCCAGCGGGGACAACAACCGGUGGACAGCACUGCACUGGGCGACUGUGAACAGCCAACUGCAUAUCAUGGACUUGCUGCUUUGCCAGGGUCUCUCCCCAGAUCUGGGCAGUAACGGAGGCAUCACAGCACUGCACAUCGCGGCAGAGACGGGAAGAAGUGACGCUCUAAGAUUCUUGCUAGCCAAGAGUGCCAACAUCAAUGCUCAAGAUGGGCUGGGGAGAACAGCACUUGCCAUUGCAUCCGAUAAUGGCAAUCGAGAGAUUACAGGACUGUUGCUGGAAAGCAAAGCUGACGUGAACAUGAAGGACCGCUACGGCUGCACGGCACUCCACAAGGCAGCAGCUGCGGGACACUUGGCCCUCGUCCACCUGCUGGUUGAGAAAGGAGCUGUCGCCAACAUUAGAGACUGUCUGAAUCUGACUCCGCUUCACAGAGCUGCCUGUUGUGGGCACAGCGAGGUAGCCAGUUACCUUCUGGACCAUGGAGCUGAGAUCAAUGCAGCCGGCUGGCUAAACAAAACCCCACUGCACCUGGCUGUGGAAAAAAAUCACUUCCUUUUAAUGGAGCUGCUGAUGGGGAAGGGGGCAAGUCUGUCCUUCAGAACUCGCUGGCAUGAAACGGUACAGGAUCUAGCGUCAGGCAUGCUCCUUCCUGGGGGCACUCCGUCCACUUCCCAGGAGAAGAUGACAAGCUGCAAUCCGGACCUGAACUAGAUCCCAACUCAAGUACAGUCAACUGGACCUGAGAGGCAUGAGAACAACUUUGUCCUUCAGUUUACUCUGCUGCCACCUUGUGAAGAAGGAUCAGACUUCUCAUCAUUCCAGUAUUAACCGAUAAAGGGCCUGAUUCCCAUUUACAUUGUUCUUGCAGAGUAACGGAACCUUAAAUACACUGUAUACCCAUUGUAAGGCCCCUUUAUACCACUAGAGUGGUGUCAUAGGGCCUUAGUAUAAAUAAGAAUAGGGCUCUCACUGUUUAAAAGGUUCUGUCUUUAGCGGUGUGCUGCUGUAAUACGUAUUUACUAGGGAUGUGAUUAAACCAUCUUUGGGGAUUCAUUAGAUACCAGAUAAUGUAGCCAAUGGAUACUAGAUGAAUCCUAAAGCCUCAAGGAGGUGGGGUGGGAGGUGCCCAAAGCGGAAGAUGGGGCUCUGGAAAGGGUGGUCGGAGUAAUGAAGCAGCAGAGGACAAGGUAAAGGAGAUUGGCAGAAGAUAGGCCAGGCGGCGAGAAGAAGCAAGACCACACUUAAAAUGGCCGCCAUCAUCACCUGGUGGUAGCCAUUUGAAGUGCCUGAAGUUCACUUACGAUUUAGCUUGGGACAGGGCCGCCCGAGGGGUGGUCAAGUGGGGCAAUUUGCCCCAGGCCCCGCAGAUAGGGUGGGGGCAAUUUCGCGGCGGGUCUUUCAGUCCCUCUCUUCCUCGUCAGUGGCACUUUGGCGGCAGCUCAGUCGCUCUGCUUCAGUCUUCUGCGGCAAUUCGCUGGCGGGUCCUCCUGUCCUCUUCUUUCUUUGGCAGCAUGACUUGGGUUUUUCUUUUUUUUUUCUUCGCCACUUGGGGUGGCAAAACUAACUUUUUUUUUAUGGAAGGGGCCCCCAAAAUUGCUUUGCCCCAGGCCCCCUGAAUCCUCUGGGCGGCACUGGCUUGGGAUGUAGAAGAAGGGCAAAAUGGCCAGAUCUGUGCUAUUUACAAUCAUCCUAUCUCUAGAAUACACCUGUGAACAUUAGAAUACUCCAAUGCUGAUGUCUUCUUAUAUUCCACCAGUGGACAUUUAAUAAACCUGUA